CAGUAAAGGAGCUCCUGGCGUCAACCGCCCACAUGCACAUGCACAUGCACAUGCACACGCCCAGCACACUCACCCUGCCAACCAUCCUCCCCCAGCACCAGCACCAGCACCAGCACCAGCGCCAGCGCCAGGAUCAAUCCACAUCAGAAAAGCAACGGCCAGGCCGCAAGGCCAGAUCCCUCGACCGGUACACAUCACCAACAAGACAGUACACAUGCGGUAUCCAAACCUGUCUAGCCAUAUUCAAGCGACCGGAGCACCUAAAACGCCACAUGCUAACGCACACACAGAUACGACCCUUCCAAUGUUUAUCGGAGACUUGUGGGAAGCGAUUCAGUCGGAGGGAUAAUUACAUUACGCAUAUGAGGAAACACCAAGAUGAUGCGUUAUUGCAGGGGGAGGCCUGGGUGGAUGGGGUGGAGGAAAGAGAGUCGUCGGCGGUUGUGUCCUUGGGGUCGACGACGCCGCCUUUGCGUGAUUCGCCGGGGUUUGGGAGUAUAAGGGAGUUGCUUAAUUCUGAUUGGGAGCCGUGUUUGGAAUUGCAGCGGAGACAGCAGCAAGAGCAGCGGAAAGAGCAGCAGCAGCAGCAGCAGGAUGACUUGCUGAGAAAGCGCCGGAAAAAUGACGGUUUGCCUCCGUUGGAGCUGCUGGCGCUUGCGUCGACACAAUCUCCUCCAAUUGCGGCCGUCGGUUCUGUACAUGAUGAGACUCCGACCACAAAAGAGCCAUCUUUCUUUUUUGCAAGUAGCUUUUCCUCCUCCUCCUCGUCCACACCCUCUUCUCCUGGGUUCACCCUUCUAUCCAAGGACUCUUCUCCCCCACCGCCUUCUUCUUCUCACCAGCAGCAAAAACAGCAGCAGAAAGCGGAAGAUAUGACAAACAUCAUCGUUGUUUCUUCCACUGCUAAUACUGCUGCCGCAAUGGGUGGGGAUCCCGCAAAGCCAUUUAUGUGCUCAAUAUGUGAGUCGCGCUUUGGGAGACUGGAGCAUGUCAAGAGACAUCAUUUGGUGCAUACGGGACAGAAAAAGUACGAGUGCCCGGAGUGUAACAAGACAUUUGCAAGGAAGGAUAAUAUGAUUCAGCAUUUGCGUGCGCAUGAUCGUGACCGCGGAAAGGGCGCCGCUGGGGUGUCUAGUCUAUGAGUAUAUAUCAUUUUUUAUUAAUUAUUAUUACGUUGCUGAUGGCAAAUCCAAAAUCCAAAUACUAAUAAAUAAAAAGGGUUUUAAUCAUUU